AUGGAAGCUUUCUGUGAUCUCUGUAGGGUAGCGAGGGCAUUGGUGUAUUGUAAAUCCGAUGCAGCAAAAUUAUGCUUCCAAUGCGACAACCGCGUGCACUCUGCUAAUUCAUUAUCAUGCAGGCACCCUCGUUCCUUCCUCUGUGAUAACUGUAACUUGCAGCCGGCUAUUGCCCACCAUCUGUUCGAUAAAAUGUUAUUUUGUCAAGUUUGUGAUAUGAAUGAGAAUGGAUGCUCAUCUGUGCAAGGAUAUAGCAUUGAGGAACUCAAUGCCUACACCGGGUGUCCUUCACAUGAUGCAUUUCUGAAGAUUUUGUCUACAAUUCGUGAUGGAGGUCCAAGUAUUGACCCUCAGUUCCAUCCUAUGAGCAGUUUAAACCUCAAUGAAAAUCUUGUGAGUGAUCAAAACGAGGAUCAAAUGGGAUUAGUGGCAUCUACUCUUAAUGAAUUAGCAUCAGCAGUGAAGUUUGAGCCUUGGAUCAUUAAUCCAUCUUCAAUAAUCCCACCACAUUUGACCUACUUGCCAUCUUGUGAUCAAAAAGAUCCAAACCCUUUCUUCUCAGAUGGAUCAAACCUGAAUAAGGAUGGAUCCGAUUUGAACAAUCUUGGACUUAAUGAAGGUGAAGUUUUAUGUGACAAUGUUGAUUUGGGCGAUGUUUCGUUGAGUUUUGAUGGUGGUUAUGAGAUGUUUAAUGAUAUUCCUCAAGCUCAAACCAGAUAUCCUUCUGAGGGUGGAGGUGGGGAUUGCCUUGUAAUGGAGAAAAACUUAUCAGUUACCGAAUCAAACAGUCAUAUAGAGAACACACUUGAGGCAACAUCAUCCGGACAACAAGAUUGUACCACUUUUCCAGCAUCACAAGUGGCGGCAUCCGCUAAUGUGUUGCAGGCGGUAAGUGGUGGUGGCAACAUGCUUAUGAAUCCAAGUUGUAAUCAAAGUGUUGUGAACCUUGGAUUCCCUAAUAUGCCCCUUUCAUUAUCAAACAUUACUGGAGAAAGUAGUGCUAUAGAUUAUCAAGAUUGUGGCUUAUCACCGAUGUUCCUCACGCGUGAAUCAUUGUUGGAGUCGAAUUUUGAAUCAAGCCCACAAGCAAGGGACAAAGCUAAGAUGAGAUAUAAUGAGAAAAAGAAAACACGAAUGUUUGGUAAACAAAUACGAUACGCUUCUCGUAAAGCUAGAGCUGAUACUAGGAAACGCGUAAAAGGUAGAUUUGUUAAGGCGGGUGAAGAGUAUGAUUAUGACCCUCUUGUGACAAUAGGGUUUUGA